AUCAGUAUUGUUUUGGUAAACAAAUCGUGAAUUUUCUAGAUUUUCCAACUAUUUUUAAGCAAUGGGUAAGCUUGGCUUGCAAAUUAAGGCUACGCUUGAAAAUAUUACAGAUUUAGAAGCGUACGAUUCUGAUUUUCGAUGGUAUCUCAAAUGGAAAUGCAUGAAUUGCGGAGAACAAUCCGAAAAAUGGCAGUACAUUACUCUGGCUGAAACAUGUCCGUUGAAAGGCGGACGAGGAGAAGCUAACUUUGUUAGCAAAUGCAAAUUGUGCUCCAGAGAAAACUCUGUUGAGAUUCUUCCCGAUUUCGCAAAGAAAUAUACCGCUGAUGACAACGAAACGUUCAAAACUGUUGUUGUAAUGGACUGUCGAGGACUUGAGCCUGUGGAUUUUUCCCCCCGUGGUGGUUGGCGUGCAGUAGGUGAAUCAUCUGGAACUGUGUUUGAUGACAUUAAUUUGGAAGACAAAGAGUGGGUUGAUUAUGAUGAAAAGGCAAAGCUCUCCGUGUCUGUUUGUGAUUUGGAGCAUAAAUUUGUCAAAAUAUAAUUGUCAUGUUCUAGGAAUGAAAGGUUUGUACGAAUUUUGAUACCCUAAGUCAUUUGCUUGUACUAUAAACGUCAAUGUGAUUAGUGGAGUUCACUUAUGGAAAACAAAGCUAUUUUUUUUUUUACAUGUUCAGUUAAAUUUUCUGUUUUAAGUUUCAAAUGAAGUGAUGUAGCUGCUGGUAAUUUUGAUCUGCUAACGAAUGUUGCCAAAACUUUAAUUAAAAAUUGUAUGAAUCGCUAAUUUAAAUGUGUACAGCACGAAGUUAAAGCUUCUAACUGAUAAUUUUACUACUGUGGUGACAAUGAAUAAACGCUCAAGAAAUUUUCAUAUCUGACGACAUUCCUUUGUAAAGACUUUUUUAAAUAUUAUCAAGAAUGAUUAUUAUUGAUUUAAUUUUUAAAAGUUGUCAAUUGAUUUUUUUUUUUCAAGUAAAUGGAGUUUUCUUUUGGAGAAAUUAUUGUUUUGUUCUUACACAAAAUUGGUUCGGGUGCCAGAUUUUUUUUGUCUAAUAAAUUCUUAUAUUUGCAUUGAAUGUUUGUAAGUCAUUGGACUUGUCUUUCUUACACAAAAGAUGGGGUCACUCAUGUUAAUGCUUUUCUUGUGUGAUUAAAAUUUAAAAAGUAAUAA